AUGCUGCGCCUGAUCCUGCUCGCCGCGGCCGCUCGAGGCGCUCGCAGCAGCGACGACGCCGGCGAAGACCUCGAGGAGCUCGCGGCUCGCGUCACCGACGACUUCGCGGCCGCGCUCGACGUCGACCCCGACGCGGCGGCCAACGCGCCGAACACGGCCGCGCGCGACGUGCGCGGCGGCCACUUCGUCCGGCCCCUCGCGCUGUCGCCGCUCGGCGCGCCGCGGCUCCUCGCGUUCUCGAACGCGACGCUCGCGCUGCUGGGGCUCGACGCGGCGGAGGCGGCGCGGCCCGAGUUCCUCGCGGUCUUCGCCGGCGGCGACCCGCGCGCGCCGGCGCUCGCGCCGCUCCACGCGGCGCCCUGGGCGACGCCCUACGCGCUGUCCAUCUACGGCAGCGAGCAGGUCACGGACGGCGGCGUCGGCGACGGCUACGGCGACGGCCGCGCGGCGUCGCUCUUCGUCGCGGGCGCCUGGGAGGCGCAGCUCAAGGGCUCGGGGCCCACGCCCUUCCGGCGCCGCGGCGACGGCUUCGCCGUCGUCCGCUCGUCGACGCGCGAGUUUUUAGCGUCCGAGGCGAUGGCGGCCCUGGGCGUGCCGACGACGCGCGCGCUCGCGCUCUGCGCGUCGGCGUCCGACGUCGCCGAGCGGCCCUGGUACAGCGACCGGACGGCCGUCGACGACGACUUCCAGCCCGUCAGGCACGGCGGCGACGUGCUGCGGCGCGAGCGGCGCGCGAUCACGACGCGCGUCGCGCGGAGCUUCGUGCGCGUCGGGAGCCUCGAGCUCUUCGCGCGGCGGCUCCGGCGCACGGGCGAGCCGCGCGCGCGGCGGGAGCUCGAGGCCCUGUUCCGCUACGCCUACGACCGCGAGGGCCUCGGCCCCGCGGGCGCGGCGCUCGAGGACGCGGCCGUUGCCGCGGCGACGGAGACGCGGGGCCGCUUCGCCUCGCUCGCGUGCCACUGGCUCCGCGUGGGCUACGCGCAGUCGAACUACAACUCCGACAACUCGCUCGUCGGCGGCGCGACGGUGGACUACGGCCCCUUCGGCUUCGUCGAAAGGUACGACAAAACAUGGGCGAUGUGGGUCGGCUCCGGCGACCACUUCGCCUUCGGCAACGCGCUCGAGGCCGCGCGGCGCAACUGGGCGACGCUCGUCGACGCGCUGCGCCCGCUCGCGGGCGGCCGCGACGCCGCGCUCGACGCCGCGGUGCGGGGCUGGCCGGCCGAGGCGCGGCGCGCGGAGGGGGCCAUGCGCGCCGCGAAGCUGGGCCUCGUCGGCGCGGCGGCGCUCGCCGCGGCGACCGUCGACGGCGCCGUCCGCUGGGACCGCGUCGACGCGCCGCGGGGCGCCGCGGCGCUCGGGCUCUGGGCGCGGGCCGACGCGCUCCUGUCGCGCGGGCCGCCCUACGCGGACCACACGCUCUUCUGGCGGCUCCUGGGCCGCGCCGCGCGCGCGGCCGACGGCGCCGCGGCGCUCGGCGCGCUCGGCGGCGCCUGGUACGACGCGCCGGACGCGGACCUCGCCGCGGCGUGGCGCGCGUGGCUCGACGACUGGCGGGCCCUCGGGCCCGACGCGGCCGCGAUGGACGCCGCGAACCCGGCGUUCGUGCCGCGCGAGUGGAUGCUCGUCGAGGCCUACGAGGCCGCGGAGCGCGGCGACGGCGCCGUCGUCGACAGGCUCGCGGCCCUCUUCCGCCGCCCCUACGCCGAGGACCAGGCCCAGGCCGACUCGGAGGCCUACUUCCGCCGCGCGCCCGACGACGCGCACCUUACCGGCGGCGUCGGCUGGAUGAGCUGAUCCUCG